GUGUUCUUGCUCACCGGCGUGGCCGGAAGCGGCAAGUCGACCAUCGCACAGACUGUGGCGGCAUGGUGCUCGGAGCGCGGGUACCUCGGCGCGAGCUUCUUCUGUUCUAGGGACAACCGAGAAUGCAGUGAUAUCCAGAUGAUAUUCCCCACGAUCGCCUACCAGCUUGGUCUGUUUAUUCCUGAAUUCCGGGAGAAGACCGCGGAGGUCAUGAGACGGGAGCCUCAUAUCCAGACGACUCUUGUGUCCCAUCAGCUCAAGUGUCUGAUUGUCGACCCUCUGCGAGAGUUGCCAGCAUUCCCACCCUGCGCGGUCGUCAUUGAUGCAUUGGACGAGUGCAAAGACGACCAGGCGACGUCUCUCAUUGUCCGCGCUCUGUCAGAGCAUGUCUCCGACCUCACUCCCUUGAAGAUUUUUCUGACGAGCCGCCCUGUCCCGAACAUUACCCAUGGCUUCCGCUCAACCGGCCUACUCAACGCGACACAGCACAUCAUCCUCCAUGAGGUGCCACCAGAUACCACCGAGCGCGACAUUGGCAUCUUCCUGCAAAAGAAGAUGGCUGAUGUCCGGGAGAGAUAUUCCUUGGACAGGUCGUGGCCUUCGGCAGAACAGGCGGCGCGACUAGUCGAGCUCUCGAGCAGGUUGUUCAUAUAUGCCGCUACCGUCAUACGCUUCAUCGAGGAUGCCAAUGCCAGUGACCCAGAUGGUCGCCUUCGAUCACUCCUUGAAGGCAAAGGAAUGUCAUCGGUGAGCGAGGCAGUCUCCUUCUACCAGCUAGACAAGCUGUAUCUCCAAGUUCUGAAGAGUGCGCAUCCGGACAUUACCCGAGAGCUUAAGCUGCGGUUGAAGGUUGUCCUGGGCGCACUCGUCCUCAUCCGUGAUCGAUUGUCGCCGAAUGCCAUUGACAGACUCAUGCUCCUCAAGCGUGGAAUGACUCGGACUACGCUGACUCACCUGCAGUCGGUCGUCGUAGUUCCCGAAGAUGAUAAUGCUGUCAUCAGCCUCAUCCACCCUUCAUUCCAUGACUUCCUCACUGACGGAGACCGAUGCCACGACUCCGAUUUGUUGAUCAACCCGGCGAUCCAGCAUAGACUCAUUGCCCAGCGGUGCCUCGAGAUCAUGAUCGGCGAGUUGCAGAUGGAUAUCUGCAACAUU